CUCAUCAACGAGCAGGAGGAGGCGGUUUGUGAGGAGAAGACGGAGCUUGGGCCCCGCCAUAGCCAGGUGCGUGCUGCAGGGCACAAGGUGGAGGAGAACAUUGCAAGAGCGUUGCAGGAGCGAGCCAUCGAGUGCGAGUGCGAGAGAGACAGAGUGGAUCGCCGAAGGCUCAGUCCUAGCCACACUCCGCAUUCUCCGACGCAGCCUGACCUGGCCCAACUCCCUGCUGCUUCUUUUUCCCCACCUUUCCCCUUUCUUUACCCGUUUCCAGUCUAACUCGCCCCUUCUCCUCCCCUUUCCCUUCCCUUCCCCUGCAUCCACACCUCUGUCUCACAUUGUCACUUCACUUCCUCGGCAGAUUUGCAUUCCGAUCAUUCCACUCGUGCGUUCAUGAUCACGGUUAUGAGGAGAUGAAGAUGGUGCUAGAUCUCUGGUAUCGGAUGGCGGUUUUGAGAAAGUGAGCUUGGCUGGCAGCGAGGACGCUUGGUCAGAAGGGGGUGAGUUUAGAGGAGGCUUGUGGCUGUGAGAUCGAUUAGAGGGGGUUGGAAUUGAGAACAAGAGAUGGCGGAAGAGGAGGAUUCAUGGCAGCGCGGGGUGAGAUUGGUGUUGCACUUGGAUUCGAUCCUUGAAAGUGAUCCUUACAUUGACGAGCUCGGGUUUGUGCAUCCAUCCCAACUGGAGAGUUUGCAUUCUCUCGACAAUUUUUCUUUAGAUCAUGAAAAGCCCUUUUUCAUGAAAACAAGGAGAAAACCUGAGGGUCAAGAGGAAGCGGAUGACUCUAUUCAGUACGCGGAGGAUUGUUCCCAGAGAACUGAUGGACCUGAAGUAGAGGCUGAACCGCCUGGGACCAAUCCAGAUCAGAGUUAUCUGAACAAUGUGCAAGGAAAAGUCAUCGACUUUCCGUAUGACAAAUCAGCAUUUUGGUGUGCUCAUCACAAGCUCGCCAUUGCUGUACCUGCUCUUGCUCCUAUUUACGAAGUAGCUAAAAAGGAAUUUCUUGCAAAUAGGAAAGCAUAUAUGCAAUGCAUGGUUGGUACAAAAAGUCUUGGCACGUCUCCGUCCCCCUGCACCUCUCAACUUUCAGAAGUUAGCUCGAGCAAUGGACACGCUAAUGGUUACGUAAAUGGUCAUGGUAAUAUUAUUAAGGAUGGAGUGAAUGGAUCUAUCAAGGACUCACUGCAGACGAAUCUCAUGCUGUACACAAGAGUUUUGGUGAUUGUGAAUAGUGACUUUGCAAGCGCCUGGAAUGCCAGAAAGCGUAUAUUAUCGAGAAUAGAGGCAACUGAGGAAUCUCUUUUGUCCGAGCUUCGCUUAGCAGGGAUGGUAUUAGCCUACGGUCCAAAGAGCGAGGAAUCGUGGGCUUACAGGCGGUGGAUUAUUAACCGAAUGAUUGCAGUUGGAAUUCAUUGGAAGACUGUAGACUUAGUCUUAGAACGAGACUCAAUGCUUGUGGAGGCCAUUGCUGGGAGGUCGACGAUGAACUACCGAGCGUGGCGCCAUCGCUAUUGGCUUGUCUCGCGCAUGUCACUUAAGCAGGUAGCCUCAGAAUUACAGAACACAAAGAAAUGGGCGCAACAACAUGUAGCUGAUAACUGCUGCUUUCAUUAUCGACGGUGUCUUCUUUUAGGUCUACUUCAAGCUGGAUUAACGCCCAACAGCAAGAAUGUGAGCUGUCCAACUCUAGCCGAUUCUAGAGCCCAGGCUGGCUUAUCUUCUGCUUUGUCUAUGAACCCGCAGCUUUUGACUAAAUUAUGGAAGGAGGAACUAUCCUGGAACAAGGAUUUGAUUGAACGUUUUUUUGGUCGCGAGGCUUUAUGGCUACAUCGGCGGUUUUUGAUCUGGGGUUUCGGCCACAAUUCGAAGAUCUUCAAGUCGACCUCACUUCCAGUUGUAUCUAAUGAUGGUGGCAACACAACUCCGUUAUCUGAAGGGAAGGAGUUUUCUCACAAAGCUGCCCGGCUUGCUGAAAGAGAGCUUCAAUUUGCUGAUGCUUGCAUUUCUGCGUGCCGUUCAGAUACGUUGGAUGAUGCAUGCAGGCAGCGAGAAUAUGCAGCUUCUUACAAACUAUGGGUACUUUUGCUGCAUGUAGGAGGAAAGGAAGAUGGGAUGAACGGAGAGUCAAACCAUAGAUUAUUGGAGCUGAAUAAUCUAGAGCUCUUGCUGAAGGAUGUGGGUCCUCAUCGUGACUGUUUAUGGAAUGGUCUGAUUCCGAACCUGGUCUAGGUCCCCGUUCAACACGAAAUGAAUUAACUGACUCGAACUAUCGUCAUUUAUGGAAAUCAGCCCAUCACCUUUUACUAGUAUAAUCAAUUAAGGACCGUCAGAACUCUAGUUUCUGUAGUACCUAGAUAUAGAUCUCUAGUUUAAUUAAGAUGGAAAUAGGCGAAAUGUACUCGUUAAUGUGUCUUCAUUCUUGGUAUAAUAAGCUCUAGUGAGUGCAGUAAUCUCAUACAAACGGCUCCUGGCUUGUCAUAGAAUAUUUAGUGCAUCUAUUUAUGGGCUAUAUAUACUCAUCACAAGUACUAUGUGAAUGGAAGCAUGUUAAAGUUUUGCCUAGUUU